UACGAAAAUGAAGAAAAUUCAACUGUAACAAAUAUUGCGAACGUUGUCGAUGCCGAUGAACAAGUGCCGGAUGAGGACGAGGAUUCAGAGGCUGAGGAUGAGGUGAUUAAACCAACAGACAAUUUGGUGCUUGUCGGCCAUGUGCAAGACGACGCCGCUAGCAUGGAAGUCUGGGUGUUUAACCAGGAGGAGCAGGCGCUCUACACACAUCACGACUUCCUGCUGCCCAGUUUUCCGCUUUGCAUCGAGUGGAUGAAUCAUGAUGCAGGCAGCGACAAGCCGGGCAAUAUGUGCGCCAUUGGUUGCAUGGAUCCGGUUAUCACGAUCUGGGAUCUGGAUAUACAGGAUUCCAUAGAGCCAACAUUUAAGCUUGGCUCCAAGGGCAACCGUAAAAAACAGAAGGAACAGUAUGGUCACACAGAUGCUGUCCUCGACCUGUCGUGGAAUCCCCAGUUCGAGCACAUUUUAGCCAGUGGUUCAGUAGAUCGAACACUCAUACUGUGGGACAUGGACGAAGGACAGCCACAUACGACAAUUACCGCCUUCGAGGAGAAAGUGCAGAGCAUAGAAUUCCAUCCGGAGGAGGCGCAGAGCAUACUCACCGGCUGCUCCGAUGGCUUGGUGCGUCUCUUCGACUGUCGCGAUGCAGACAAUGUGGACACGGCAUUUGUCAAGUGGCAGAUCAGCGGCGAGGUGGAGAAGGUCCUUUGGCACCCAACGGAGACAAACUACUUCAUCAUUGGCACCAACGACGGCAGCUUACACUACGCCGACAAGCGUCAGCCCAACAAGCUGCUGUGGUCCGUAAAGGCGCACAACGAGGAAAUCUCUGGUGUCUGCUUCAACAAGGAAAUGCCCAAUCUGUUGACCUCCACCUCGACCGAAGGCACGCUCAAAAUAUGGAAUUUCAACAGCACCGAACCAAAACAUGUCUACGAGCACGACUUCAACAUGGGCCGCCUGCAGUGCAUGCGACAGUGCCCAGAGGAUCCCUACACGCUCGCCUUUGGCGGCGAGAAACCGCCGCGUUGUGCCGUAUUCAAUAUCAAGAACUUCGAGGCAGUGCGUCGCACCUUUGGCAUUCCCGAUGCUGAAUAAAGUCCCAUUAAA